AAAGUGUCGGCUUUUAAUUUUCUCUUAAUUUUCGUAUCUCUCCCAAUCCCAGAGCUUUUUUCAGCUCUCUCCCAUUCUUUUCUGUAUUAUUUCGUGUUCAUAUGUCAUCUCAAGCCAGCCUCCUCCUUCAAAAACAGCUCAAGGAUCUUUGUAAGAAUCCGGUUGAUGGGUUCUCAGCCGGAUUGGUUGAUGAGAACAAUAUCUUUGAAUGGAGUGUUACAAUCAUUGGACCACCUGAUACUCUUUAUGAAGGGGGAUUUUUCAAUGCUAUCAUGAGCUUUCCACCAAAUUAUCCAAACAGCCCUCCAACAGUGAAAUUUACUUCAGAGAUUUGGCAUCCUAAUGUUUAUCCUGAUGGGCGUGUUUGCAUAUCAAUUCUUCAUCCUCCGGGUGAUGAUCCAAACGGCUAUGAGCUUGCAAGUGAGCGGUGGAUGCCAGUCCAUACAGUUGAAAGUAUUGUUUUGAGUAUCAUAUCAAUGCUUUCCAGCCCGAAUGAUGAAUCUCCUGCGAAUGUUGAAGCUGCAAAGGAAUGGAGAGAGAGGAGAGAUGAAUUCAAGAGGAAGGUCAGCCGCUGCGUCAGACGGUCACAGGAAAUGUUAUGAUGUGUUGCUGGCGCUUCUGCUCUACAUGUGUACCCAGGGAAUGCCUUUAUUUGUUGUGUGGGGAGGUGCGGUUUGAUCCACCGCAGUGUCCUUGUAGAAUGCCAUCCGAAGUUCUCACACUUUACCUUUUUUUUUUUUUUUUUACUUUUCUUUUCUUGUGGUUGGAGUAAUUGUAAUAACACUCAUGGAACGUUUUUCUGUAUUCAAAAGAGUUUUGGUUAGUGUUUGUUGGCAACCGUUCUUGUUGAGUCCCUCUUAUCUUAAAGGUCAUUUGUCAGGUGACUCCUCUUUGGAUGGAUAAUUUGUCUUCUCUUAGAUACUUUGAUUGAUCUUAUUAGUAGGUUUUACCAUCUACAUUUGGAUCAAUCUCCAAAA